AUGAACUUUCUCUCUGGGAUCUGGUGGUCUCUUCUCCUGGUCUUGGUCUGGGCGACCCCACCAGUCACCUCCUCAUGGUGCCCAGUUUUAUCUUUUGCUCAGCAAGAAGUUCAGGGUAGUCGGGAAUCUGCUUUUGUACAUGCCAUCUCCUCUGCUGGAGUUGUUUUUGCCAUCACCAGGGCAUGUAGCCAAGGGGAGCUGAAAUCCUGCUCCUGUGAUCCCAAGAAGAAAGGCUCUGCCAAGGACAGCAAGGGCCACUUUGACUGGGGUGGCUGCAGCGAUAACAUCGACUACGGUGUUAAAUUUGCCAGAGCCUUUGUGGAUGCCAAAGAACGGAGAGGAAAGGAUGCAAGGGCACUGAUGAACCUGCACAAUAACAGAGCUGGAAGGAAGGCCGUGAAGCGGUUUUUGAAACAGGAGUGCAAAUGUCACGGUGUGAGUGGAUCAUGCACUUUAAGGACCUGUUGGCUGGCCAUGGCAGAUUUUAGGAAAACAGGAGAUUAUCUGUGGAAGAAAUACAAUGGAGCGAUUCAGGUGGUCAUGAAUCAAGAUGGCACGGGUUUCACCGUGGCUAAUAAGAGAUUUAAGAAGCCAACUAAGAAUGACCUCGUAUACUUUGAAAGCUCUCCAGACUACUGUAUCAGGGACAGGGAUGUAGGGUCCCUGGGGACAGCUGGUCGGGUGUGUAACCAGUCGUCCCGUGGCAUGGACAGCUGUGAGGUGAUGUGCUGCGGGAGGGGCUACGACACCUCCCGCGUCAGCAGGAUGACCAAGUGCGAGUGCAAGUUCCACUGGUGUUGUGCUGUGCGCUGCCAAGACUGCCUGGAAGUGGUGGAUAUUCACACCUGCAAAGCCCCAAAGAGCACUGGCUGGAUCUCCCGGACAUGAUGCACCAGGCUACUGAUGCUUGAGGACCACAGAUUUUGCUCUUCCUGGUCUGUGCAGGGAAUGCUUCCAA